UCGUACAAUUUUCAUACCGCGCGUGCAUUUCCCGCGUACGAGUUUAGUCAUGUUCAGACGCAUUUUCACGUUGUUUUGCAUUGCACUUGUUGGCUUUUGCAGACAGCGGCUCGCGAGUAUUGCACAUAACAAAUGCCCACGCAAUAAUCGGACGAACGUCUUCUCGUUGUUAAGGUGCAGAUUUAUCGGAACGACAUGAUAGUCGAAGUUUUCCAAUAAUCAGCAGAUCAGAUCGCAACAGUGCAUGUGUAUUGGACGCGAAGAGCAGUAGCAGUGUUCGUCUGCCCAUAUCAUACAGACUCGCGAUCCGUUGGCGUUCGAGGCGGGUACAACACAAAUCGCGAGCAUGAUCGUCGGCGACCGUUGAACGGCGAUGAACGACGACGAAGACAGCGGUGGCAGCAGCAGCAGCAGCAGCCCCGGUGGUGGUGCAGACGGACGGCGAUCGGUCCGGCACCACGGCAAGCACCACAAAAUGGCUCCGCCGAACAGAUGGCCGGCCGCCGGUGGAUCGGCAGCGGUGGCAUCGGUGGCCGACGUCGUUCGUCCGGCCGCGGUCGUCGCGGGCCGCCAUCACCGCCGGCACGACGUGUUGGUCGCUGCGGUCGGCGGCAACGACACGGCGGCCAGGUCACCACAGCCACCACCGCCGCACGUGAUGCAACACGCCGCGCCGGACAGCAUGUGCUACACGACCAACGAAGUGCUAGUCAUAAUCGCCGUCACGUGUUUCCUGAAUUUUGCGUUCAUAUUGCUCAUCAUGACGUGCGUGCACUGCUUCACGGACCCGUCGCAUCACAAGAAAUUCGGAUCGGUGGCGUACGCCGAACUCGGCGACGAGCUGUUCGACUCGGACAUGAUCGACAGCGACACGGUGACGCUGCUGAACCCGACCAAAUCGUCGCGGGACGCACUGGACUACGCUUACGAGAAGAAAAACGGGUUCGGCGAAUGCGAUUUGGAGUCGUGCCCCCCGUACCGGAGCUUGAUACGCGACCACCGGUGCAAGUCCCGGAGGAAAUCCGAAGACGACUUGCUCGGCGCCGCGUUCGAAUGACCACGAUGGGCGGUCGCCCCGGACCGGUGCCGGGCGCGGUCCGACAUGUUCGCGUUGAAGACGCUGGGUCGAGUGGAAAAGAGAACGCACCGUCGUCGGUUCGGCGGGACCAAAUGGGCGACGGGGCCACGCCACAAUAAGUACUCUGCCGUGACUUAGACGAGUCCGUCGUCGCACAAUACAAUAAUUUUAAUAUAAAGUACGAGCCCCCGCCCAUCCUGUCAAAUGUCGUUGUCGACCUGACCUGUAAUAAUAAUAUGUAUCGUCCACGUUUGCGCGACUCGUGUCCGGUCCAAAAACCUAGAUUUUUGACUUGAAAUCGUGUACAGAGUGAUUCACUGAGCAUGCUCGCCUACUUUUCUGAUGACGCGGCUAUUCUAAGUCUGAUUUUUUGACAUUUUUCGAUGUACGCACGCAAAGACCACGUUUUUAACUUCUUGAAUUUUUCCUUCUUUCUUUGUUCCACUUAAGGAGUUUAUUGCAGCACUACAAACUUUUAAAUGACAACUCUUUUUUUCCACUGUAAAUUAUUUUAGUAAGUAACCGACAUUUAAAUACCUGAAAAACUAUUGACACGGUCGUGUCGCACGAAUACCGCGAUCUCACCCGCUAGACUCGUUCGAUAAUCAAUCGGGACGCCCGAGCGAUUAAUCGAACCAGUUUCUGAGUCGGCGAUGAGCCCCGAAGCUCCCGCGGCAUGGGUGGCGACCGCCGAGAGCUUCGGCGGCAUUUGUCUGUUGUUAACCGUUCGUUACGACCGAUCUCCGCCCGCCACCGUCUUUACGCAGUCCGUGUAUUUUCCGCGACUUGUUGCGAAACCUUAUCUUUUAUUUAUUUCGUUUUUCAACGAUCGAGACUUUUAUUGUUAUACCUAUUCUUUGUGUUUUUUUUUUGGUUGCCAUAUAUUUUACUUACGACCUGAACUACCGCACUUGCGUGACCUUUACCUUUGUUAUUAUUAUUAUUAUUAUAAGUGGUGUCAAUAUCGUAUCCAACUUGUUCUUUUGUUUUUAUUAUUUCUUUCAUAUUGCCUACUUAGUUUCGUUUGUUUCUCCUAUCAUUAUUCCUAUUGUAUUGUGCAUCGUGACACUAUUUGUUCGAACUUCGAAUUUGUUACGACAAAAUUUAAAAUAACUAUAACCACUAAAUAAUUUAGAGUAAAAAGAGAGGAGUUCUCAUUUGAAAAACGGAAAUUUUUAUUGCUGCAAGACACUCUUAAUAAAUUAAAACAAUAAAUAACAGAAUUUGAAAAUAUGGUUUUUAAGUAUGUUUAAAAAUUCAAAAAAACGGAUUCGAAUAAGUUUAUUAUGAAAUGAAAAAGUGGGGAUGAGUCUGCUUAAUGAAUUAUCCUAUAUUUUAAAAGACUAUAGUAUCUUCUACCGUAUAUACCUACUAAAUAUUCUGAAAAUAUCCAUAUCACAUCUAUACUUAUAAUUUUAAAAAUUUAACCGCAAUCAAACAUUCUAAACUGUUAUGGAUUCAGUUUUAUCCCUACUUGGGACUCGAAUCUUCAUGGUAGUAACCCAUAUAUCUAGUUGAUUUUUUAUUUUUUAAAACCAUCUUCACUUUUAUAAUACAUCGAAUAAUAUAUAAUAAAUUCAUCAAGUAAAUAUAGCUAUUUAUACACGGAAAUUAAUUUUUUUAUAAAGGGCCUCCAAUAUCAGUAGUUUUAUUAACCCCUAGAUGCCCUACCUAACCUGAAGCUGACACGACGUGUGUUUACAAGAUUCCUCAAAAUCACACAUCAAAAAUUCCAAUUAUAAUUUUAAACAAUAUAAGAUCUACUAUACCUAUCUCGUUAUCGUCUGGCGCUUGUCUAACAUUUAUCCACUUAAACCCGUUUUAUGGAAAAAACAAGACGUCUACUGAAAAAAAAAACGCAAUCUGACAUCUUGUACUGUACCUAUAAGUACAUUACUCCCAGGCGUUUUUCAUAAUGAAAAUGAUAUUACGAAAGACACAUUGAACACUGCAUCAUAGAAUAACUGUGCCGAUCGAGAAUUUUACCUUUUUCAGAUGGUCAUCAUUAGUGUGUAAAUUGUAUUCUUAAUUUACCCCUACCCCUUGUAAGUACCUGAUUUCAAAAAUCACAAAUCUCAUACCCUGUUGAUAGGUUUUUAAUAUUCAAUAUUAAUUACGUGUGUAGGUACAUUAUUUAUGUCAGGUGUUUCAUAUACAUUAUUGUACUAUAUAAUAUAGCUAAAUAUUAUAAUGAUUAUAUAUAUAUAUAUGUUCGUGGUAUAAACUAUAUAUACGAAUAUCAAUAAAAAUAUACAAAACUGUUUUAAAUCGACUGGAUUUACCUGUCAAUAACUUAGCGAUAUGUUGUAAACCGUUUAGAAAUAUUAAUCGAAUCUCAUAUUAUCAUUGUUUUUUUUUUCAAUAAUAAUACGUAUAUUAACUGAAUUCAUUUAAUUAUAAUAUUAUAUUACUGCGGUUUAUUGUACGUGUAGGUGUACUCGUGAACAUACAAAACACAUUUUAUCCCGUGAAAUAUAGCAUUUAAUUUUAAAAGUAGUUAUAGUUGUCUCUCUAUUAAUGACGCUAAUUUACGAAACUAAAAGUAGUUUAAAAUUAUUUUUUUUUGUCCUAAAAAAUCAUUGAUCAAUGAUCGAUUGAUUUAAUUGUAUAUGAAUUAACAAAUCCUUAAUUUAUUAUGUAAUAUUAUAUUUGUGUAAUUAAUAAAUACUUACCUGUGGUAUACUUUA